AACACUCUGUUUAGGGUUUCUCAAUCGAACUCGAAACAAUGGCUUGCACUAUCGAUUUCCGAUGCCUCGAUGAAGGCUUCGGCGGCAAAACCUACAAGCGAAAACGUGAAGCCCAAUCGCUUGCUGCGACUGGCGACGUCGACGGAUCCAUGGAGAUUGACGGAGAAACACUUCCUCCAGCGGCAAAGAGAUCAGCAGUAGCAUCAAUAGAGAAUCCGGAUAAACCAGUAUUCGGGCAACCGACGUACGACGGCGUGAUAGGUGGAAAAGUAUCAGGUCGGAAGUGGAAGCAAGCAAGGAAACAAAGAGCGUCGGCGAAACUGGUGAGCAUUAAGGGCACGACGUUCGAGGAGAGAGAGCGACAGAAGGAGAUAAAGAGAGCGUAUAGGGAAAGAAUGAAUGAGUUGAAGGACGAAAUAAAAAGGAAUAAGCAGGAGAAGAGGAAGCAGAGGGAGGAAAGAGAGAAGAAGAAACAGGAGAACAUAUUGAGGUCUGGAACAAAGUUGCAGAAGAUUACAAAUCCAAAAACACUGAAGAAAAUUGCCAAGUCUAAGGAUAGAAAGUUGCUGAAGGUUGUUCCAGAUGAUGUAGUCAAUAGUAAAAAUAAGAACAAGAAAUAGAAUUGGGAAUUUGUUUUGCUUUCUGUUUGUGCUUUUCUGUAGCAAGAGAGUAAGAUUCUGAAAUUUUGGUGUUUUAAUUGUAUUGAGCCUUUAUUGGGAUUAUCAUUUUUGUUUCCAAGAUCAAUUGAAACUCAUCAAGCAUUUUGAUAUAAGUUGAGUUUCUAUGUAUUCUUGAAUUGGGAAAAUGAUUACCCCUAAAAAAUUUCUACUUUACAA